AUGACCGUCACAAGGCACAACCAGUCGGCUCACAUGAGCGCAACUCUUCAGCUGUUGAGACGUGCCCGUGAGUUGAAGAACAAGCAGGAGAACAUUGUUCUCGAUGGAAACAACCUUGACAUCUCUACCAUCGUCUCCGUCGCCCGUCACGGAGUCGAAGCUUCCAUCAGCGACGACGAAGCGAUUGCGAAGCGUCUUGACCUCUCUGUCCAAACCCUCGCCGACAACAUCUCGCAAGAAUGCGUCAUCUACGGUGUCAACACUGGUUUCGGUGGUAGCGCUGAUACCCGUACCAAGGAGCUUGUGAAGCUGCAAACGCAUCUGCUCCAGUUCAUCCAGAGUGGAAUCGUCACCUCUGUCGACAAGAACCCCGCCAGCAACUCGGAGCGCCAACCGUCCCAUGUUAUGCCUCCCGCUUGGGCCCGUGCCGCUAUUGUGGCCCGUACCAACCAGAACCUCCGUGGACACAGUGCCAUCCGCAAGUCCGUGCUCUCCAGCCUGAUUGACUUGCUCAAGCACGAUAUCACCCCCCUCAUUCCCCUUCGUGGAACCAUUUCCGCAUCUGGUGACCUCAUGCCCAUGGCUUACAUUGCUGGAGCUAUCAUGGGUAACCCCGAUGUCUUUGUCCAGAUGGGCAAGGGCCCCGAUGCCAAGAUUAUGCCUUCUUGUGAGGCAUUGAAGAUCACCGGACUCGCCCCGUCUGGACUCGGUCCCAAGGAAGCACUUGGUCUCAUUAACGGUACUGCUCCUUCCGUAGCAGUCGCCAGUUUGGCGCUUUAUGACACCCAGCAGCUUGCCUUGCUAUCUCAGAUGUUGACUGCAUUUUCUUCCGAGUGCUUGGCCGGAAACGUCGAGUGGACCCAACCGUUCAUUCACGAUGUUCGCCCCCACCCUGGUCAGAUCGAGGCCGCAAACAACAUCCGCCGCUUCCUGAAGGGCUCUAAGUAUGUUGUUGGCCUCGAGUCGCAGCGCAGGUUCGGUGAAGGUCUCUGCCAGGACCGUUAUUCCACAAGAACUGCUCCCCAAUGGGUCGGUCCUUACCUCGAGGACCUUCUCCUCGCUCAGCAGCAGCUCGAGAUUGAACUCAACUCUACAUCAGACAACCCCUUGGUUGACACAAACCCCGAGAGCCCCACUUGCGGCCAGGUGUUGAACGGAGGUAACUUCCAGGCUACCGCUGUUACCUCCGCUAUGGACAAGGCCCGUCUGGCCAUUCAGAUGAUUGGACGUAUGCUCUGGUCCCAGGUCACUGAGAUCAUUAACCCUGCUACAAACAACGGUCUCGAGGCCAACCUUAACGCCAGUGCCGUGGAAGGCUUUACUAUGAAGGGUAUUGAUAUCAACAUGUCCGCUUACAUGUCUGAAUUGGCUGCCCUUGCCCAUCCCGUCUCCGCUCACGUUAUGUCUGCCGAGAUGCACAACCAGGGUAUUAACUCCCUUGCUCUAAUUUCUGCCCGCCGCACCAUGGAGGCUGCAGAUAUCUUGGCCCACAUGUGCGCCUGCCACAUCUACGUCUGCUGCCAGGCCGCCGAGAUCCGUGCCAACCACAAGCGCUUCCUCUCUACUCUCCGCACUAAGGUUGAGGACGCCUCCGAGUUUGGUGCUCUCUACGGCCUCGGAUUGUCCGCUGAGCAGAUCGAGGCUCUGAGCAAGUCUCUCUUCCCCGUUAUCGAGAAGAACUGGUAUAGGGCCAACACCAACACCUGGAAGGAUCGUGUUGUUUCCGUUGCGGAGGCCGUCAUGUCGCCCGUCAGCGACUUCAUGGCCGCCAACAAGCCCGAGUGCCCCGCCUCAGCCAUCAUUGCCUUUAAGAAGAACUUCCACAGUAUCGUGUCCACCACUGCCGAUGCUAUGUACUAUCCCAACCCUACUAUCUCCUCCGAGGAUGUUGCCUCCCAGCUUGGUGACGGUACUUCUCAGCUAUAUAACUUCGUCCGCACGAAGCUUAAUGUGCCUGCUCACUACGGCAUCAUGGAUGAUCCUUUGUACAACCACCAGAAUGGUCUCCCUACUGAAGGCAAGAAGACCAUUGGUAGCUGGGUUGGCAUCGUCUAUGAGAACCUGCUUGAGGGCGAUAUGAUGCACAAGGUUCUUGAGAACUGGGUUCACGACAAGGCCGAGUAA